CCAUCCAGAAUUCCCCAAUUCCCAAUCAAUACACACACAACUCCACAGCCAUGAUAAUACGCACACUUUUACGGCGGCCAGGUGCCAUUCAAUCGCGCACUGCAGCUCCUGCCAGAUCAUUUUCCCCUGCCAUCGCACGAUACAUCCACCGAAGAGCAACCCUUGCGAACCAUGAGCAAUUGAGCAAAAAUGGCAUACCGGGACUCUUCAGUCCCAAGGGCUUCUCAAUUGCCUACGACCAAUACCAGCAGCACAUCACAGACGAGCUAAAUGCGACGACAUCAGGCACACCGUUCGAAAACAAGGACGUCAAAGACCUCGUCAUCGAAUGGUCACGAAACCCCACCACGGCCUACGGCUUCAACGUCGCCUCGAUGGCCUACAACAACCACUUCUUUUUCAGCGGCAUCUCCAAGGACCCGAACGUGCAAUCCACUCCCCCCUCCGAGCUCGCCACUGCUAUAAACAACAACUUCUCUUCCUUCGAGUCCCUCCGCGAAGAGUUCCUCGCAACCGCUGAUGCCAUGUUCGGCCCAGGCUUCGUCUGGCUCGUCCAAACCAAUGACACCUCCCUCCGCCCUCUCCGCAUCCUUCCCACCUACCUCGCGGGUACCCCCAUCUCCGGUGCGCACUACCGCCGCCAGUCCCACGACCUCAACACCCACAGCGCGGAAUCGUUCCAGCAGCUCAACAACGUCGGCACCUUCGGCCAGGCAGCGAAGCAGGAUAACAGGCCGAAGAAGCCCCUAGGAGGUAUCGAUGUUGUCCCGCUGCUCUGCGUGAGCACGUGGGAACACGCGUGGCUCCACGACUACGGCGUCAAGGGCAAGAGCAAGUACCUCCAGGCGUGGUGGAAUAAGAUCGAUUGGAACACGGUUAGCAGCUUGGGACAGUUCACGAAGUCGGACCAGAGCGUCCAGGUGAAUAAGUUCUUCACCUAAAGAAAAAGAAAAUACAUCAUCGCUCUGGAAGAAACAUAAAGGAGAGGAAAGACAACAAAAGGAGAACGGAAAAUGAGGAAUUGAUUGAAAGCAGACAAACCGGGAUCGCAUUACGCUACUGUAACAAUAUCAUCUGUACCGAUACUCGCUUUUAUUUAUUGAUAGAUGAUUUGCGGGAGAUCACAUCUGUAGUCACCAACUGCAUGUAGAAAUAUAAAAAAGGUACAAAACUCAAUUCG